GGGUGGCGUUCCGCACCAAUAGCGCCUCAGCGUUCAGGGUUGUCCCUGGGCGGUACCCUCACUCUUCUGGACCCGGGUGCUGCUUCCGGCUGAGCUAGGAGGUCGCGCAGGCAGGAGGCCUCGGUCGGAAGGGAGGGAGCGGCAGCAUCCAGAGAGGAGGCUGAGAAUAUACAUUCAUAGUCCCAAACUGAGGAACGUUUUGUUCAAGAUGAGAGAUUCCCAUUCUAAACUUUCUCUUGUUCCCUGGCUCAGAAUGUCCAGGGAAAUGUCCAGGGAACAGUUAAGUUGGAAGUAAUUUAUCUCAUGCAAAUGGGACAACAUGCCAACUGCCAAGCAACUAGCCGACAUUGGCUACAAGACCUUCUCCACCUCCAUGAUGCUCCUCACUGUUUACGGGGGCUACCUCUGCAGUGUCCGAGUCUACCACUAUUUCCAGCGGCGCAGCUCCCAGCGCCAGGCUGCAGAAGAACAGAAGACCUCAGGAGUCCCGUAGAACUGGGGGGCUUUUUUCCUUGAGCAGAGAGACCUGAGGCAUGUUGUGGAAAGACCUCACCUGCAAUCAUUUCUGAGUCAAGAGGAUCAGGGCCUUAAUGGUUUUCGAACUCUGCUGGGAAAAAGUGCCCAUGUUUUUUCUGGUACAGUCAGUUUGGAGAGGCUAUUGAAUCAUAACAGGAAUGGGAGGGUGAGGCACACCUACAGACAUUAAAUAUUUUGCCAUGUC